ACAACGCGAAGCGGACAAAGUGGAAAUUAUAAGGUCGCCAGAUAAAUAAAGUGAAAGUGGAAACAAAAACAACAAAAUAAAUACAAUUAAAAACAAAAUAAAAAGUGUUGGAAUUUUAAUGGUGACACAGGUGAAUACGCUGGAAGAAAAAUAUUCAUAUCAAGCAAGGAACGAAAAGAAAAGUGAAACGUUGUGACAAAAUGUGAAAUAAUGAACAAAUAACCGAAAACGAACCAAAAAAUUAUAUCCGGCAAAUAAAAUACUAACUGAAAACUUUAGUGCAUUUCAAAAGCUAAGAAAACUAAAUUUCAAACGAAAACUUAAAUGACAAAACUGAAAUACUGCGCCUCAAUAAAAAAAGCUAUAAAAAAGUUGAGCAGCCACAGAAGACCGCAUCCGACGGAGGAUGAAAUGCCACACAUCAAUUACUCGUAAAACGACAAUUUCUAUGAAGACUGAUUUUGUUUAGUUAGAAACUAACAGAUAUACGAAACAACUGUGUAACGCACACAACUACGAAGACGCCUAGCAGUGCACACAACUAAAGGCGAACUCAAAGCUCACAAUAUGGAAAGCAGCGACAGACUGCUCUAUCGCAAGCGUUGUAGUACCAGCAUCGGCAGCAGUUGUACGAUGGAGCAGAAAAUUCUAGUGCUGAUGGCAGUCGUGAUUGCAAAUGCCUGUAUAGCGGGCACCAUACCCGCCACACCCGAAAACAUCACCGUCACCUUCCUCACGCCCACAACGGUGCGCGUCUCCUGGCAAACGAUGAUCGAUUUGAAUGCGCAUCCAAUCGAGAAGUAUAUCGUGACAUACAAGCCGACAGAUGACAGUUACAGGGUUGUCCAGGAUGUCGCCGGCAAUAGUGAGGCAAUCAUUUUAGAUCGUCUAUCGCCCAGCACCCAGUACUCGAUAGCGGUGACGGCCAUUUGGCUUGGCAAGAAGUAUCGCAGCAGACAGAUCAUAUUUCGUACAUUGGAUAUGCCCAAGACAUCGUCACAGCAGGACUACGCGCCCGGACACACGGCCGGCGCGCUGGGAAGCCAAAACAGCGUUGGCAAUGUUAAUGCGGGUAUCGCCGGAGGUGGUGCGCCUGGUGCGGCCGGUGGAAGUGGUGUGGGGGUUGCUGGCACCGGGCUUAUCGGCGGCAAUCUGGCUAGCGCAGCGGCAGCAGCGAACGGUAAUGGCACGUAUGGAGACGAUGUAACGUCAACAGUGACGAAUACAAUGGCGCAACGGCCACGUGAAUUGCCAACGAUACGCGGCGUUGAAAUCGGCAUUGUGCUUAUUGUUUUGAUGGUGUGGGCUGGUGCUAUAGCGCUAUUCUUCAAUCGUUGGGGCAAAAUUCGCAUGCUGUUGCCCUAUCAACCGGACUACAAGCACGAACAGCUGAAGGUACCCGGCACCGGGGUGUGCACUGGCGCUGGCUGCAACGGCCAACAUUCGCAUCAGAACCUACACCCAGAUAUAUUCGUAAAGUCGAAAUCGAAAGCGGGUGGCGGUAUCAGCGGCGGCUGCGGAGUCGAUCACAAGCUGAGGCAGAAGCGUUUCACUCAACAGCGGAGUAUAUUGAAGAAUUCAACAGAGCGUUCAAGCAAUCAGGAUGAGCAGGAACUGCUGGAGGCCAAAAAGCAAUUAAUAUUGCGGCGACGACGGCUCUUCAGCCACUACCGUCAGUACGAGCAGUGGCGUCGGCGCCAAUUCAGCUACGAUCCGUGCUACUAUCGCGCCAUACCGCUGCCAAUCGGCCAGGCGUCGACCACCAACUAUGCUGGCGGUUACAGCGGUCAGGGUCAGGGCGCAUUCCGACGCCGCCGCCAGUACAGGCGGCAGUACUCGUGUGCCGAACGUGAGGAUUCGCGCGAGAGUCGUGAGUCGUCGUCGCUGCAUCGUUACAAGGGCGUCAGUGUGAUGGCUAGCGAAUCAUUCAAUACCGAUAGCGCUAACUAUAUUAACUAUGAACAACAAGAACAAUCACAUCAACGGUCACAACAUCCGCAACAGCAACUGCAACAGCGUGAAGAUUCAAUCGAGCCCUACUCAACAGUGGGACGUCGCAGUCAUUUCCACAUGUUGCACGAGGAGCGCUCUGCCUCCAUUUCGGAACGAUGCACACGUAGUCGCAUCAAUUCGGCCAUAUUUGUGUCGUCCGAGGGCAGAGGAUUUGAUUCAAUCGAAUUUCUGCGUCGUCAUGGUUCGCAGAGUGUGCUGUGUCGGAAGGCACGCAGCGCCGAGAACAUCACCGAUAAUGAGCGCAAGAAAAGUUUCUCCGACAAUAAGGGUUCGUGGCGCAACGAAGGGCACAAUGACAGCGAUCCGAAUGCAUCGAACCGGAGACAAGACGAUAUGGAUGGCAGCGCCAUUGAGCUACGCGAAUGCCGUCCCAAUGCCAACAAUUGCAGUGCAGGCUGCUGCGCCGAGUCGCGAACUCUCUCCGUGCUCACUACCAACACCAGCUGCGAUCAUCCAUCCACGUCGGCGGCCGCAGCGGCUUCAAUGGCCGCCACAAAUGUGGUUGUGGGCAGCAUUUCAAUUGAAACGCCACCAUCCCACAUCAAAGAUGAACUGCACAACAGCACAGCCAGCAUCGCAGCCACAACCACCGCCAUCGUCGCUUUGCAGAAUGGUGAGAAGAGACAGCGUCCAAACAACUUUGCGGGCAUGUCAACGAAGACUUCCGUCUCGCGAGAUUCCAACGACACUGUCGAGGAGUUAGUACUCGUGCCAACCGUCGCGGCCACGGCGGUGCCGUUGCCAGAGAUAGCCAUAACAAACCGUUCGCGUACGCUUGUGCGUCAGCGUUCCUCAACCGUCUCCAUUUCACCGCACCGCAGUCCCAAGACGCUAGCGCUAAAGCAUGCCAAACCGAAGAUCGCAGCGUUACCAAUGGUUUCGGUGUCGGGUCCAUCACCACCGCACGAGAAACCGCCGCCACAACCGCAAACGGAGUAUUUGUAACAAAUGGCAGCCGAAACAUUUAUUUAAGUAUAAGUGAAUGCAACGUUGACAUGGAAGAUGGGAGGCAUAUAUGAAGAGCAUGCAAGCGGUCGGCGCAGCAGCGGGGAAAGUUGUUGUACGAAGGUUGGGUUGAAAGGCUUGUCUCGAAUCAAUAAGGCACAAAAGCAGCUCCUACCAUAUCCUCAGCGAAGUAUAUAAUUGGAAUCUUUCCUAUACUCUUCCUAACUUCCAGCUCACGUACUUAGCUCACACACUUACAAAUGUUUCGGCUAUAAUUGGAACAGCUCGUGGCCCACAUGCGUUGGGCUUGUCUAUCGUCUAAAAUCUAACUAAAAUUCUCAAAACUGACUGAACUAUUCGUAACUACUGAAAAAACCGUUAAAAACAAAUACAUAUGUACAUACAAGAGAGUGUACAUAUAGGUCUGUGUAUUUAUCAGAUAACUGUUAAACCUUAGUACUAGAUAUUAGCUCCAAAAAUACAACCCGAGCCAUUGGUAGAUUGGCGAAAAGCUUUAACAAGUCACUUGAAAACUUUCAAGCUUUAAUAUUACAAAUACUGUUUAUAACAUUUUUUCGUCAUUAAUAUUUCAUUAUUGAUCAAUAUUAUUAGUGUAGCACACAUGUGCAUACAUAUGUAUGUAAGUGUGCAACUAUUUACUAUUUAUAAGUAUAUAUAUGUAUGGAAUUAUUUAUUGUAUUUAUGUAAAUAUGUUUGUCUAGAUUUAAGCACAGCUGACAACAAAUUAUAUUAAGCAAUCGAAGGAAGUAACAACAACAAUAUAAUCAUAGAAUAAUUGAUUACUAUCAUUACUUCUCCAUGUAUCCAAAAAGAAACACAUGCAAGCACUUGCUUAGGAUAGGUACUUAGAAUUUUAGGGAGCUUACAGCGUAGGCUUCCGAAUUGCAUUUCUUUGUGGAAUCCAAUAUAGAUACAUAUAUAGUGAUUAGUUUUUUUAUUAUGUACUUAAUAGUAAAUAUGUCCUUAGAUAUGUAUUUGUAAGUUUUAUAUUCGUACCUACACGGCUAAUAUCAUACAUAUGUAUAUCUAUGUAACAUGAUAUAAAUAUAUUUUGUAAGAGGGUUAAUGCUCCAAAGGGAAAUCAGCUUGCAGGUGACAACGUCAGUGCCAGGUUGAAGAGCGUAAACAAAUAUAAAAACUUCUAUGACAUAAAUAUUAAAGUGUUCGAUAUUUCCCAGAUUUAAUUUUUCUUUCCAAAAGCCCACUGAAGUUUCAGGUUUUGCUAUAAAAGUGAGGAUCAAAGCAAACAAGCUCUUUAUUUUUGAUUUAAAACGUGCCUCAAUUAUAUUUCUUUCCGGAGUACAAAACAUUUUCUGCAUAACUUUAACUGCGUAUAAUGUUUAAGGGACUAUAUACAGUUAGGAGACUGGAAAAAACGAUUUUUUUUCUGAGAAAACUUUUAAAUUUGUUGAUAUUAAAAUUUGUGCAUAUAUUAUGGUGUCUU